CGUCGUGUUGCACCUGGAAUAUGUGGGUUCAACAGGAGGAGAGAGAAGUUUGACAGGAUAGUUGUGCACCUCAUAUGGCAGCGGGGUCGGUGAAAUGGUCGUGUGUGUGGCUGCUGUUGUGGCUCUGUAUGCGGACGUCAGGGGCCAAAACACUCCGAACUUCCAUGGACGAUGAUGUCCUCCUGCCUUAUCCUCACGGACACGGGUCCUCCCGCUCUCAUCGCCAUGUCAGAGAUUGCCAGCCCAUCAUUUAUGGAAACACCACUCAUGAGAGCUGGCGCUCCAGUAACCACACAGACCAGCCGGUCGCUGAGUCCAAGGUGUUUGUGACAGAUGUGCAUGGAACGUCCAGAUGGGUUUAUGGUCACAUGACUGUGGUCCAUGACCCGCUGAGAACGGUGUCGGUGCUGGAGCCAGGAGGACCAGAUGGCUGUAAGAAUAAAGACAGGGUCUCUGUGGCGGAGACAUCCAAGGCUGCUGGGUGUCUGUACGCCCAGAACGCUGGCUUCUUCCAGACAUUGACGGGAGACUGUGUGGGAAACGUGGUGAGCAAUGGCAGGCUGGUACGGGACAGCGGCGGAGUGCAAAAUGCCCAGUUUGGAAUUAAGAAAGAUGGAAGUUUGGUUUUCGGGUAUCUGUCUCAGGACGAUGUUUUGAACCAGUCCAACCCUUUUGUCCAGCUGGUCAGUGGUGUAAUAUGGCUGCUGAGGAACGGUGAAAUUUACAUCAACCAGAGCCUGGAAGCCGAAUGUGACAAAGUACAAGAAACAGGGUCGCUGCGGUUUUUUGCGGAUGUGGUGUCAGCCAGGACUGCAGUGGGCCACGAUGCAGAGGGAAAGCUAAUCCUGCUUCAAAUUGAUGGACAAACAGGAGUGAGAGGCAUGAAUCUUUGGGAGUUGGCUCAGUUCCUGAAGGAUUAUGGUGUGAUCAAUGCCAUUAAUCUGGAUGGAGGAGGUUCCUCCACUUACGUGAUGAAUGGUUCAUUGGCCAGCUACCCGUCUGAUCACUGCACAUCAGACGGUAGGUGGCGCUGUGAACGCGAUGUCUCCACCGUACUGUGUGUCCAUCAGCGCUGCGAGUCGGCAGACUGCAACGGGCACGGUGACUGCGUGAACGGGCGCUGCCGGUGUCAGCAGGGCUGGCGGGGAGCGGCCUGUGACUCCGUAGCGUGUCUGCCAGCUGCCUGCGGACCCCACGGUGUCUGCGGUGCCAAUGGCUGUGUCUGUGAUGCAGGAUGGAGAGGAGAAAACUGCAGUGAAGGAUGCCCUCCAGGUUUUUAUGGUGACAGCUGUAGUAGAACCUGCUCCUGCAGUAACGGCGGUACCUGCGACCCUGUCCAUGGACGCUGCGCCUGCCCCCCUGGUUUCCAUGGUGAAACCUGCGAGCAAAUGUGUCGUCUGGGUUUCUUCGGCGUGUCCUGCGCUCAGGAGUGUCGCUGUGACGACCUCUGUCCAUGUGACCCGCAAACAGGAAGCUGCAACACCACGCUGCCAGCAGAGACUAACGACACCUUACACAGAGCUGGACACUGCCUGGCCCGACAGAUGUUUAUGAGACGAGACGAAGCCGCUCACAAUCGGCAACAUUACCUGACCGAGCGAACGUGGCUGAUAAUCACCGUCGCCCUGGCUUCUGUUCUGUUGGCGAGUCUGACGGUUCACCUCGUACGGGCGUGUCGCAGCUCAGUGGCAUCUCACAUUCCUGGACGUCACGAUUACUCCUACGUACCACUGACCAACAUUAACGGAGAAGCUUCCCAUACUGGGAACAAUAGGGGAUCUGGAAAAGGGGAUCUUGGAUUGGAAGACUCAGACUCUCAGGAUGAGGUCUGGGCUCUGCCACGCAGGAAGUUGUAGCUAUCGGACGACCAAGGAUAAGGAGUGGCAACCCCGUUAUCGCACAAGAGACUUGCUGAACCUUCUUCUAAUCUUAAGAAAUAUUUACCAGGAGUCCUGUUGAAAAGAAACAGGAUGGAGAGCAGGAGGUUGAGCCUCGGCUGACCUCAAACUGCUUCUGGGAGCUCCUCGGGUCCUGGCUCAUGACUCUCAUUUAUACCCAAGACUUUGAGGCAUUACAGCUUUAUUUUGCCACCAAUUGCCUGGAUCCAUUGCCACUUCAGGUAUGAUAACAUUUUCAAAUGUUCUCAUAUAAACUGAUGAACUGUGAUCCCCAAGCUGUUUCACAUAUGAAUUUUCCACACAUCUUUUUAGAUUUGACUCAGCUUUUCUGGGUUUGAGCACAGUGUUAACACAGCAGAUCACCAUGGUGGCCUGGGGUGCCCUGCCAGCUGCUCGAUUACCAAUCAAUCAGAGUGAAUUCUGCAGGAUCUGAUCAGGAAUACAGUUACAUGAAGGUUGCAAAAAUACAUUUUGAUAUUAGUACUGGUAUAUUUAUGGCCCAGAGAUUUUUUUUUUCUGCAGGUCUUGAAAAGUUUGACAUUUUAGUCUCACAAAAAUGUUGAAAUCCUGAAUAUUUUAUAUCUAAUAUGACAUUUUAUGUGGUAAACUUGCAAAAACAAAGUCAUUAGUUUGAGGUUGAGUGGGGUAAUCCAGGGAGACCAAGAUUGAGUUGAAUUUAACUUAAUUUGUGAUACGGACGUCUCGCGGCAUAAAUAAACUUGUCUACUUGUUGCCACGUUAUCAGAUGAAUUUUACUCUGCAGUACUUAAAGUAAACUAAACAAUUUCUUAUCAACAAAAAGUUUUUUCAAGCAUUUUCUUUUUACUCUGUGCCUGAAUGUAAAAUAACAAAAAAAGGUCAAUAUGCAGGCUGAUGUGUUUAAUUUUUAAUUUUGUACAAUGGAAAUUUAAGGAAGCACAGUUUUCUUACUUUACUGUUUAAACUGUCAGAUGUAAAGAUGGCAGUUUUGUAUGAACUCAAGCUUUUUUUUGGUGUUUAUUGGCAUAAAUAAACUCUUAAUAUAAUGUAAUUUAUAAUAAAGUCACCAGACAUUUGAAGUCGGUGUAGCAGGUGAUCUUUGCCUGCUGUAAAUGUCCAGAUUCA